CCCCUGUACUGGGAAUGUUUUUUCUAAUUCUUUCCAGUAUUUAAGCGCCUCCACUUCACGGCCUAUAUAUAUCUGCCCCAUUGCUUCUUCUUAGUACAACCUCAGAUGUCCUAAUUAAUUGCUCUCUCUCUCUCUCUCUCUCUCUCUCUCUGUGUAAAAUAUGGCUGACUUGGAUCAGUGUGGUUCUACUGAAACUGUUUUGGACUCUGAAGUACUUGAGGCAGAGAAUAACAUGAAUCACGAUUCGAAGCUUCAAUUCUCAGAAGACGAGGAGACGCUUGUUGUAAUAAUGUUUAAUCUUGUUGGCGAGAGAUGGUCGCUAAUUGCUGGGAGAAUCCCUGGAAGAACAGCCGAGGAAAUUGAGAAAUACUGGAAUUCAAGAUACUACUCCAAAAGCGAAUGAAGCGUCCUUUAGAUCAAAGAAAGACAAAUUGUUGCGAUUAUACAAUUUGAAUGGCAUUUAGAAGUUUGGUGCUAGCUAGACAUGCAUGAAACUUGUAUGCAUGUGAUCAUGUUUAUGAUAUUGUUGCGCCUGCGACUCAAUUAAUGUGGUGUUCAACGCGUCUUAUAAGAGUACUUAUAUUCUGGCCUUCUUUUGAGGGUAGGAAGUAAUUAAUGCCCUAAUAUUAUAUAUAUAUAUAUAUGUAUAUAUAUAUGCAUAUGCAUGUAAAUAUUAUCAACCUAAUUUGAGAAUGCUAGCUAGCUAGUGAAAGUUUUCCUGUAUAUUUACA